AUGGUGUUCGAUCUAGAAAACAGCAUCUGCACUGCACCUAUCGCUCACCCCGGUUUACCUUUAUGCAUAUCAUACAUAGAGGCAGUUAUAGAGUUCAGUGUGUGCUCUUCACCUCGCUUGACUCGUCAUGGAAGUGUGGUCUCCAUUGGCGAAACUCAACCAGAUGAAGCGACACUGCAUCGUUUAAAUCUAAUCACAUCCCUAAAGAAAGAGGUGAAAAUGAUAAUGGAAGAGGCUGUGACAAAACGACAUAUUGACAUCAAUUCACCCUACGUAACUUCCUUAUGUGUAGCCGUCGAAAAUUGUCUUAUGGAUGGUCUACGUCGCCGACUUCUUGGCCUUUUCGGCAAUCGCACCUCCCUUGCUCUACUACACACAAUCGCUAAGACGAACCCAGUUGCCGAGCAGGUGCUGGCAAAAACUUUGGAAACAAAUUCACAGUAA